AUAUAUACAAUUAAGCAACUUCAAUACAGAAAGAACAUAUCUUCUAUACAUUAGUUUUCCACUCUCUCUCUCUCUCUCUCUCUCUCUCUCUCUCUCUCUCUCCUAAUUGGUUUUCCUCCAAUAUUCAAACCUAAUUAUGUCUCUUUCACUAGAAACGAACGGUGAAGUAAAUCACCUUACACAAGGAGAUGUCCAAAAUGAGGAUGGCAUAGUUUUUGCUUUGUCCUUGAUUACUUCUAUAACGCUUCCAUUGACCGUCCGGUCUGCAGUUGAGCUUGGCAUCUUCGAUAUCUUAAACAAAGCAGGAAAAGAUGUCAAGCUCUCUGCAGACGAUAUCGCAAUUAAGAUUGGAUCAAAGAAUCCAGAAGCACCCACAAUGUUGGACCGUCUUUUAAAGUUAUUGACUUGUCACUCUCUUUUAUAUUGCUCACUUUCUGAAAAUCAAGAAGGGCGUACGUCUCCUCAGAGACUCUAUAGCCUUGCCCCUCUCUCUAAGUAUUUUGUGACGGAUGUUGAUGGUGUUUCAUUUGGAUCAAUAGUAAACUUAGCUUUGGACAAAGUUUACUUGGGAAGCUGGACCGAAAUGAAAGGAGCAAUUUUGGAAGGAGGCAUACCAUUCAAUAGGGUUUAUGGCAUGCAUGCAUUCGAAUACUCAGUUGUGGAUCCAAGGUUUAAUGAUGUUUUCAACAAUGCUAUGAUCAAUAAUACCACUAUUAUCAUGAAGAGGAUUCUUGAGAUCUAUGAAGGUUUUGAGCACAUCAAUAGGCUUGUGGAUGUUGGUGGUGGUCUUGGGAUCAAUAUCAAGUUGAUUACUUCUAAAUAUCCUCAUAUACAUGGUGUUAAUUUUGACUUACCACACGUCAUAGAACAUGCACCUCCCUAUGCCGGUGUGACACAUGUGGGAGGAGAUAUGUUUGAGAGUGUUCCUGAUGGAGAUGUAAUUUUUAUGAAGUGGAUACUACACGAUUGGACUGAUGAACAAUGCUUGAAGUUAUUGAAGAAUUGUCAUAAAGCUAUUCCAAAAGAUGGAAAAGUGAUUGUUGUGGAUUCAAUUACCCCUGUUUUGCCUGAGAGUACAAUUGUAACUAAGACUGUUUUUCAAUCUGACCUCAUGAUGAUGGCUCAACUUCCAGGAGGAAAAGAGAGAACAAAAGAUGAGUUCAUGGAAUUGGCAUUAGGAUCUGGAUUUAGUGACAUCAAUUUUGUUUGCCAGUUUUCUAUCUUUUGGGUUAUGGAAUUCAUUAAGUAGCAGAUAUCUUUAUUGAGUACGGUUAUGAAAAAUUCUUGUUGUUUUAUUGUCUAUUAAUAAAUGUUGUCACAUAGUGUGACAUAAGUGAUAGAUACUUGACCCUUUAAUUAUUUGGUUCUAGAUUUGAUCUCGGCCGGUGCGUAUGGAGAAAAAGUAUGUAAAAUAAAAAUGUUGUCACAAAGUAAUAUCUAAAAUAUUCAAGAACCUCAUCUUUUAUUAACUUAGUAGUUACCACUUGUCUGUUCUUUUUAAUCUAUCAUGAAUGAGAUGAUUUAAGAUCAAUUUUAAAAUA